UAUCUUUCAAGCAAGACAUACCAAGGAACUGAUUCCUAAGAAGACACUCAUUUUUGGCAGAUUUCCUUCAUCGACUCCUCCAGGACUUAAAGAAGAAGAAAAUAUGGUAUCUGCUGCGUUUCAGAUGCUGGGCACAGCCCUGGGCAUCAUUGGCUGGAUCGGGGCCAUCGUGGUCUGUGCCAUGCCUCAAUGGAAGGUCACAGCCUACAUCGGCGAGAACAUCAUCACAGCCCAAACCACUUGGCAAGGCAUCUGGAUGAACUGUGUGGUCCAGAGUACAGGUCAGAUGCAGUGUAAGGUAUACGACUCCAUGCUGGCUCUACCCCAGGACCUCCAGGCUGCUCGUGCUCUCAUCAUUAUCUCUAUCAUGAUGGGCCUGGUGGGCAUCCUGCUCGCCGUGGCCGGGGGCAAGUGCACCAACUGCGUGGAGGAUGAGAGGGCCAAAUCCAGAAUAGGCGUGGGCUCGGGUGUAGUCUUCAUCAUCGCUGGCGUCCUGUGCCUCAUCCCCGUCUGCUGGUCGGCCAACACCAUCAUCAGGGACUUUUACAACCCCAUGCUGAACAACUCUCAGAAGAUGGAGCUGGGGGCCUCGCUCUACAUCGGCUGGGGGGCCGCGGCCCUCAUGAUAAUGGGAGGAGGGUUCCUCUGUGCCAACUGUCCCCCUAAAGAGGACAAUUACCCCACUAAGUACACAGCUGCCAGGUCCGCAGCACCCAAGGACUAUGUUUGAGGAGCAUCAGAGAGAAACGUCAGAGAGAGAAGGAAGAGAAAGAAAAGCAAGAGAGAUCAUAAAAGACAGAGAGAGACUAUGUAUAUUUAUACAGGUGCUGUGCAGUGUGAUCCUUACUGUCACACAUUGUGAUUUUGUGAUUGUUCGAUCAUGUUUGUAUGAUAUCACAGCUUGAUUCGACUGCUAAGUGACAAAAUUCCAAUGUAUUUGACUUUAGCUAAAGACAGACAGUACUUCCAGACAGUGGCACUUGUAUAAGUAAAAAAUUACAUGAUGGCAUGUAACGCACCCAGAAAAGGGUGUGGAUGGACAAUGUCAGCUAAUACUCCUUCAGACGUAUAUUCACAAUACAUAGAAUGAAUAAGAACUAACCGAAGCUAUUAUUUGAAAACAUUAUAAAAUAUUUCAGAAUGAACUGAAUGGGUUUCCCAUAACGUUUGCAUUGAAAGUGUACAUUUCAUUCAUCAUUUUUACUAAAUAUAUAUUUUUUAAUGUAUGUGUGAUUCUGUAAAUGUGAUAAAAACUGUAAAUAAAUAUUUU